GAAUUGGCACGUGCGAAAUUCAGAUGGUCCUUGGGAUGCGACUGCCCUGGAAGGCCGGGCAACGGAAGCGGGCACCUGGCGCCGCCGCCAACAGGACAACUGCGGCCCGGGCGUCGCCAGCUCCAGCGCGCAGCCCGCGGACCCGUCGCUAGGAGGCGCCGCGAGAGCGCCCGGCCCCCGCCCGCUGCCAGAGGAGGGCUCGGAUCCCCUCGGCCAGCCCAGGAGCUGGCGGGGAGGAGACCGCAGGGGACGCGCGGCCGAUCGCCGGGGCUGUCACCGCGGACGCGCCGCGCGCUCCCACCGGCACGCGGGCAGCUGGGGGCCGCCAGCCGCCGCCCCCGCCACUUGCCCGACGAGGUUCUCGGCGCCCGCUCCCCGGUGAGCACACGCCGGGCGAAGGGCGAUGAGGGCCGGGGCCCGCCGCGGUCCCCGGGGCAGCCGGGCGCAACUGCCCGCGCCCCUCUGGUACUUCUCAGCGGCGCUGGGGAUGCUGUGGCCCCCUGCCUCGCAGGCGUUCAACUUGGACGUGGACAAGCUCACGGUGUACAGCGGGCCGGAGGGCAGCUACUUCGGCUACGCGGUGGACUUCCACAUACCUGCUGCUCGCACAGCGAGUGUCUUGGUGGGGGCGCCCAAAGCCAACACCAGCCAGCCAGACAUCGUGGAAGGGGGAGCCAUCUAUUACUGUCCGUGGCCCGCCGAGGGGUCUGCACAGUGCAAGCAGAUACCGUUUGACAGUACCAACAACAGAAAGAUCAGAGUUAAUGGAACCAAGGAACCUAUAGAGUUUAAAUCAAAUCAGUGGUUUGGAGCAACAGUGAGAGCGCACAAGGGGAAAGUCGUGUUUCCACUGAGGAAAAUCCUUGAUAAGAAAGAAGUAAUUAUUCAUACAUUCAUAUCUAACUAUAUAAGGAUUGAGAUUCCUCCAACUGCACUACAUUUUGGUUUUAAUUUAAGCACUUUGGAAGUUGGAGAGACUCUUAAAGCACAAGUGACAAGUAAUGCUGAUCCUGAAGGCCAGGGUUACUGCCAAGCAGGAUUUAGCCUGGAUUUUUCUAAGAAUGGAGACCUUAUUGUAGGAGGACCUGGAAGUUUUUACUGGCAAGGUCAGGUGAUCACUGCCAGUAUUGCAGAUAUCAUUGCAAAUUACUCCUUCAAGGAUAUUCUAAGGAAAUUGGCUCGAGAAAAACAGACAGAAGUGGCUCCAGCUUCUUACGAUGAUAGUUACCUUGGUUAUUCAGUUGCUGCUGGGGAAUUUACGGGAGACACACAGCAAGAAUUGGUUGCUGGUGUUCCAAGAGGAGCACAGAAUUUUGGAUAUGUUUCAAUCAUUAACUCUACAGAUAUGACCUUUAUUCAGAAUUUCACUGGUGAACAGAUGGCAUCUUAUUUUGGAUAUACAGUUGCAGUAUCAGAUGUUAACAAUGAUGGGAAAAGAUACUUUCUGUCUCAAACAACAUACGUUGCCAUUGGUGCACCCUUUGCAGGCAAGGAUCAAAGAGGCAAAGUGCUCAUUUACAAUGGGAACAAGGAUGGCUUAAAUAUUAAGGCUUCCCAAAUUCUACAAGGAGUAUGGGCCUCACAGGCUAUCCCUUCUGGAUUUGGCUUUACUUUAAGAGGAGAUUCAGAUAUAGACAAGAAUGAUUACCCAGAUUUAAUUGUGGGUGCAUUCGGCACAGGAAAAGUAGCUGUUUACAGAGCAAGGCCAGUUGUGACCGUGGAUGUCCAGCUCCUGCUGAACCCAAUGAUUAUCAAUCUGGAAAAUAAAACCUGUCAGAUUUCAGAGUCUUUGACACCUGUGGCCUGCUUUUCUUUAAGAGUAUGUGCAUCUGUAGCAGGCCAGAGCAUUUCAAAUACAAUAGGCCUGACUGCCGAGGUGCAGUUAGAUUACCUCAAACAAAAAGGAGCCAUUAAACGCACUCUCUUCCUUGAUAACCAUCAGUCACAUCACGUCUUCCCUCUGUCUAUAAAGCGGCAGGAAUCCCUCCAGUGCCAGGAUUUUAUCGUUUACCUUCGAGAUGAAACUGAAUUCCGAGAUAAAUUAUCCCCAAUCAACAUUAGUUUGAAUUACAGUUUGGAUGAAUCCACCUCUAAAGAAGGCCUGGACGUGAAACCAAUAUUGAACCACUACAAGGAAAUUGUUGUUACUGAACAGGCUCACAUCCUGGUGGACUGUGGAGAAGACAAUAUGUGCAUUCCUGACUUGAAGCUGUCAGCUAGACCAGAUAAGCAUCAGGUCAUUAUUGGAGAUGAAAAUCAUCUUAUGCUCAUAAUCAAUGCAAGAAAUGAAGGUGAAGGAGCCUAUGAAGCUGAACUCUUUGUGAUAAUACCAGAAGAGGCGGAUUAUGUUGGGACUGAACGCAGCAACAAGGGACUGCGACCACUGAGCUGUGAGUACAAGAUGGAAAAUGUAACCAGAAUGGUGGUGUGUGACCUUGGGAACCCUAUGGUGGCUGGAACAAAUUAUUCUCUGGGCCUCCGGUUUGCAGUUCCACGUCUUGAGAAAACAAACAUGAGCAUUAACUUCGAUCUCCAAAUCAGAAGUUCCAACAAGGACAACCCAGACAGCAAUUUUGUAAGCCUGCAAAUCAACAUCACUGCUGUUGCUCAAGUAGAAAUAAGAGGAGUAUCCCAUCCUCCACAAAUUGUUCUGCCCAUUCAUAACUGGGAACCAGAAGAGGUGCCCCGGAAAGAGGAGGGAGUUGGACCAUUGGUGGAACAUAUUUACGAGCUGCACAAUAUUGGACCAAGUACCAUCAGUGACACCCUUCUGGAGGUGGGCUGGCCAUUCUCUGCCCGGGAUGAAUUUCUCCUUUACAUUUUUCAUAUUCAAGCUCUGGGGCCUCUGCAGUGUCAAACAAAUCCUGAUAUCAACCCACAGGAUAUAAAGCCUGCUGUCCCCCCAGAGGACACCCCUGAGCUGAGCGCCUUUUUGAGAAACUCGACCAUCCCUCAUCUUGUCAGGAAAAGGGAUGUGCGUGUGCUGGAGCUCCGCAGACAGAGCCCUGCAAAAAUACUGAACUGUACAAAUAUCGAGUGCUUACAAAUCUCUUGUGCAGUAGGACGACUAGAUGGAGGAGAAAGCGCAGUCCUGAAAGUCAGAUCACGGUUGUGGGCCAAGACAUUUCUCCAGAGAAAAAAUGAUCCGUAUUCUCUUGUAUCCCUGGUGUCCUUUGAAGUUAAGAAGAUGCCUUAUAAAGAUCAGCCAGCAAAACUCCCAGAAGGAAGCAUAGCAAUUAAGACAUCAGUGAUUUGGGCAACGCCAAACGUUUCCUUUUCAGUCCCAUUAUGGGUAAUAAUACUAGCAAUACUUCUUGGAUUAUUGGUUCUGGCCAUUUUAACCCUAGCUUUAUGGAAGUGUGGAUUCUUUGACAGAGCAAGACCUCCUCAAGAUGAUAUGAAUGACAGGGAACAGCUGACAAAUGAGAAAACCCCUCAUGCAUAAAAAGGAAAACCAAAGACCAAAAAACUCAAGCACUGGUCCUGUUCAAAAUAAAAAAGGAACAUGAGGGUGAAGCAAAGAUUAUCCUAGACCUGCCAGUGUCCUAGGAAUUGGAAAGGUGCCAGAAUAUACCACCUCAUCUACACUGUGCUUUGGAGAAGUUGCCAAGGAGCUCAGUGACCCUUUUGGGAAAGGAAACAUACUCAGCGCUGUAGAAACAACCAACUAUCGUGAAGAAUUUAUUUUGCUUGAGUCAUUCUGUAUUUGGCAGACACUUUGAAAUGGGUAUGGGAACUAAGGUUGCAUUCCAGGUAAAUCCAACUCCAGUCACAAAGACAAAAUGUCUGAAUUAUGAUAGAAUUUAGAAGGUAAACUAGGACUAAACCUUCCAACACUACUGUACCCAAAGGAACAUUUGACACCUCCCUAUGGAAAGGACAUUAUGGCUCAGGGAGACAAGCAUAUGUUGUUGGUACUGUAAAAGUACUUUUAAAAUGACAAAGAUAAUUUUGUAAGUGAGGAUAACAAUUUAUUUAUUUAUUUUCCAUUUCUCUAGGCUAAUACUCUAGUCAUCUAGAGGAUUUGGAAAUUAAGACUUGGUUAGCUGGUUUUUGAAAUCAUACACUAAAUUUCCUUCUAAGAUAACCAUUGUGUGCAGAAUAAAUCAUUUAACAGAGCCUCUUAAGGAUUAGGUGACAGUUUCACUUAAUACCUUGCUGCCUUCUACCUGAAACUACUUUUACUCACACUUUACAGGGACUCACAUCUGCUUGAUUUAGCUUUGCAAAAAGUUGCAUUUAUAUUUCCUUUUAUUUAAAAUAAAAAUCUUUCCAUAGAUUUUAUGAGCAAUAUACACAUUUCAAGAUACUGUUGAGCCUGUGUGGUAUUUAAAAGUAAUGGUAAAUGUCUAGAGUCCAUUAGUAAAAAAGCCAUUUAACUAAAUGAGUAAACAUAUUACAUUUGUGAUCUAUAAGAAGCAACAUCAAUAGUUAUCUUGGGAUUAAAUAUUUUAUUACUAUACCUCAAACUUAUAUACACAAAGAAGACAUGUUAAGCAUAAAUAGCAAGGGAAUAUAAAGUUAUGCAGAUGUGAGAUAAACCUAGAAAUAGACUCCUAAGAAUUUUGUUUAGAAUUGCCUAGUCCAACUUCAUUUUCACUGCUAAUCUUUAUAGUUAUAACUUUAGAAAAUAAUCAUUAUUUAAGCUAUUUUUCCAAUAUCUUGAAUUUAACCAUCACAAAAACUUGAUGUUUAAAACUCUUGUAAAUAAUCCAUAAUUGUGUGUAAUAUUACCAUUUUUGAAGUAAAAUUGACCAGCCAAAUUCAUGUAGUCUGCACAAUUUUGUAUCCUUUUUAUCAUAAUGCAAAAUUACUAUGGAGAAAUGCUGAACAAAUUUUAUAUUUAUGUGCAAUAUUUUACAGACCUAUGUAUCUAAAGCAUGUUUACACUGGCAUUAGUUAUUUUUUAAAUUAAUAUCCUGAAUAUUUAGUAGAACAAGCAGACCAAAAUACUUAAGUUUACAAAGCAGUUGGAAAAUUUGUAUCCCAAUCUCAACAAUCACACUUUAUUUUAAAUAUGAGCCAUAGUCGGACACUAAAUUUUCUGUCAUGCCUUAACCUGCAAACAAGCCACCUGGCUACAGCUGUAGAGCCUCUUUGGAAAGAAAAUGGAAGGCACAUGAAAAUACAGUUUCUAUUUUCCCUGCUUGAAAAUUCAAUCCUGUCAUGGUAGUGUUUCAAGUCUGCAGGAACCAAAGUCUGGCUCCCAGUGUGUGUGGCUGACUGUGAGUGAUAAUUGUGCCUCAAAGACCUUGAGGGUCACACACCCACCUCUGGGGUAUUUGGUAUUAGUCAUCUAUGUAGAACUGGCUUCCCAGGGAGGUGGUCAUCUAUGUGAUGACUGGAGGGGAUAACAGGUCUCUCUGCUCCCAAAAAAUGCCUUAACUCUUGUCAUCAUGUCUGACUUUUGGCCAAUAGUGAACUCUUCAGGAUUUGGGGUUAUAAAAGGACCCUGAGAAAAUGCACCUCUUGUCUUUAAACUAACAUCUAUGAGGAAACUUGAAGCUCUCAGUGCUAGAAACCCGUCAGAGCCUGUGAGCCAGGUCCUACAGACAGCUGAUGAUAUUAGAGAUGCCAGGAGCAAGAAUGGAUUCAGAAUGGAGCAAAGUCUAUGGGCUUCAAAGGCAGACUACACAUUUCUCACAAUCUCAGCCCCUCUAGAGAGUUAGUCACUGCUACCCAUAGGUAUUUCACAGAGGACCAUCAUGCAUUCAUCAGCCACUUUUGAUGUGGAAGCAGAUGCAGAAAGGGGGACAACUGAGGUCAGGAGAACCCUGCAGUCAUGAGUUUUUAAAGAUCCCUCCAAAUGCAGAAUAUUCUAGCAAUGCACUGAGUGCAUCUGCUUCUCAGCAUAGCAUUGCCAACUGCUUUCAGAAUCCAUACUUUGCUGUGCUUCUCUUACAGUCUAUCUGUAUUUCAGAUAUCCCUUUUGAGAUUCUUGCAGCUGGGAAAAAAUGGGCAAAUCAAGUUGUACAAACUUGAAGAUUUUUAUACAUUAAAUAAACAAUAUAGACUAGUCACCCCCGAAACCCCACUUUUGAAUUCAACUCUUGUUUUAUUUAAGUACAUGUAUAGAUAUCUGUAUAGGUACAUGUGAAGAUUUUCAUGUACCUAUUUACUUUGUCACUAAUAAAAUUAAAAAUUAAAGAUA